ACUACUCUCAAGCUUCAAAACCUCUCGACAUUCCCAAACACCCGAAAAAUUUCUCUAUCAUUUCCAAACAAUAUUUCCCACAUUCUGCCAUGGGAGUAAAACUAUCGCCGGCGUCCUCGGCCGGGAAAUGGCUCGGCCUUGUUACCGCCGUCUGGGUUCAAGCUAUUUCCGGCAACAAUUACACCUUCUCUAAUUACUCCGACGCCCUCAAAACACUCAUGGGACUCACUCAGCUCCAGCUCAACAGCCUCUCCGUCGCCAAAGACGUCGGAAAAGCAUUCGGCAUCUUCGCCGGCCUCGCCUCCGACCGCCUCCCCACCUCUAUCAUCCUCCUCAUUGGCUCCGUCGAAGGCUUCGUCGGCUACGGCGUCCAGUGGCUCGUUGUUAGCGGCCGAAUCCAACCCCUCCCUUACUGGGUGAUGUGUAUCUUUCUAUGUAUGGGUGGAAACAGCACUACUUGGAUGAACACCGCGAUUUUGGUAACAUGCAUUCGGAAUUUCCGGAAGAAUCGGGGCCCUGUUUCGGGGAUUUUAAAAGGCUACGUCGGUUUGAGCACCGCCAUCUUCACCGACGUCUGCUCGGCGCUGUUCGGCGACGAUCCGGCGAAGUUUCUGCUGAUGCUCACUGUCGUUCCGUUGAUCGUCUGCCUCGCCGCCAUGUUCUUCCUCCGCGAGAUCCCGCCGUCGCAAUCCGCGGAGGAGGAGGGCGAAGAGACGAAAUUCUUCGGCAUAAUCAACGUAAUCGCCAUUGUAAUCGCUCUCUACUUGCUCGCAUUUGACGUUACCGGCGCUCACGGCCGCUUGUUCUCGCAAUUAUUUGCCGGAGUUCUCCUAGUUCUACUGGCCUCGCCUCUUUUGAUCCCGAUUUACCUCAGUGUGAAAAAUUUAAUCCGUUUGGGCAGCGAAGCCGUGGACGUGGAGCGAACUGUGACGGAGCCGCUCGUGGUGGCGGCGGCGGAGGAGAAGAAGGUGGAAGUGGUUAGUACGGGGGAGAAGAAGCGGGCGGUGAUAGGAGAAGAGCACACAAUUGUGGAGGCGCUGCAAACCGUGGAUUUCUGGAUCUUAUUCGGGUCGUUUUUGUGUGGAGUUGGAACGGGCCUAGCGGUGAUGAAUAAUAUGGGGCAAAUGGGUCUGGCUCUCGGGUAUGCGGAUGUAUCCAUGUUCGUUUCACUCACCAGCAUUUGGGGAUUUUUCGGCCGGAUCUUAUCCGGCUCGGUUUCCGAGUACUUCAUCAAGAGGGCUGGGACACCUAGACCUGUUUGGAAUGCAGCUUCACAGAUUCUAAUGGCAGUGGGAUAUGUUGUGAUGGCCAUGGCUAUGCCAGGAUCACUCUACGUGGGCUCCAUCGUGGUCGGAAUCUGCUACGGCGUGCGCCUUGCCGUGUCAGUCCCCACAGCGUCUGAGCUCUUCGGCCUAAAGUACUAUGGCCUCAUUUACAACAUUCUCAUUCUCAACCUCCCACUCGGCUCCUUCCUCUUCUCCGGCCUGCUCGCGGGCUUCCUCUACGACGCUCAGGCGACUAGCACGGCUGGAGGCGGUAACACGUGCAUAGGCGCCCAUUGCUACCGGCUGGUGUUUGUGGUUAUGGCGGUUGUGUGUGUCAUUGGAUUUGGCCUUGAUAUGCUGCUGUGUGUGAGAACCAAAGCAGUAUAUGCCAAGAUUUAUGCUAGCAAGAAGUCUAAGAAAUCUACAUCUAAUUUUGUUCAAUAAGAUAGACAGAGAGAGGGAGGGCAAACUGGGAAUUUUAGUCUCAGAUAUGUCCUAUUGUCAAAUUUGUGUGUUUGAUUAGUAUUUUUGGUGAUGGGUUUAAAUCAAAUAGAGGGUGACUAACCCUUAGUAUUUUACUUAAAAAUGUGCUAUUUUAGUAAAAUUGUCUUUUGCAAUUGUCAAUUUAAUAUACAGUAGAAAAUUCAUGUAUUGUAUUGCCCCACGUAUCAAUGAAUUAAAGAGUAUUGCUCAAUUGUUUUAA